CCGGCGGCGCGCCGUUGAUGCUUUGAGUUGCAACCCUCAACCCUCUCCCCUCUGUGGCUGUUGUUGUAGAAGCGCGGCUCUGCGCGCUCUGGCCUAGCAUACAUGAUAUCCAGUCCACCACAAGAAGCAGAACACAUCCGCGGCAAGACCCUCACCCCCGAGUCGCCGAAGCCCGUUCACUAUCCGUCUCCUUCCAAUAUACCCAUUCUUGAAAAGCAGAUGGACCCAAUGUUCAAUGAGCCACCUCUCAAUCUAGGCACCCCAGCCUCGUUCCAAGUUGCGUCGUACCUGUCACAGUCUCAGCAGCAAACACAAUCGCCGAGCGCGCAAUCGACCUCCCCCUACUACGCCGCCGAACAACACAUCCCCUCUGGCUAUCAGAACUCUGCACAAAGCGGUUUGGGGGCUGCUCCAGCGGGACAGGCUACUGCGACGCAGUACGGUAGCGGACACGGGUCGCAAGCUCAAGAUACUUCAAUCCACAAUUUCUCACACAACCAGAAUCAAGCUCAAGCUCAAGCUCAAGCUCCAACAUCUUCCUUUAAUGAAGCCACCCCUGCGUCUGUCCAAGACAACCGGCCUGCAUACCCUCAAACUCAUGAUCUGAACUCUUAUGCAGCCCUCCAAAAUGCUACGCAGCCUCCCGCGGUCUUGCCUUUCCCAGGUGGUGCAAAUUACCAGGGCUUGUUAGACUCUUGGAACGCGGCGGCUGCAGCUGCGGCGGCGAACAACAAUGCCACUGCUCCUCCUCAUAACCCUAUACCCUCCCCAACCCAGGGUCAGCCGCCCGUUUCCACAAUACCUGCCGGCGCAAACCUUCCUCCCCGACCUCCCGCACAGGACAAUGCGAGUCAAGACAUAAGAUCAUUCCACCCCCAUUCUCAGAAACCAGCUGCUGGUCAAUUGCAGCCAUUGGACGUUCGGGCUAGUACUGAACCCCAUGCAGCUUCAAGGCUUAGUCCCAGCACGCCUGGAUACGGUCGACAGUCGGUGGAUAAUAACGCUGGAGAGGAGAAGGCUGGAGACGAAGACAGCCGUUGGCCACCGGAGAUAAACAAGCUUUAUGAAGAUUUCUUGAACAGUGAGAGGAAAUAUGUUACGGAUGGGCAGUGGGAUCAAUUUCCGAACGGAUCCCGCCUUUUCAUAGGCAACCUCCCCACUGAAAAGGUCACCAAGCGCGAUAUCUUCCACCGAUUUUACAAGCAUGGUUCACUCGCGCAAAUCUCAAUAAAGCAAGCAUAUGGAUUUGUUCAGUUCUUGGAGUCUAGUUCAUGUCAUCGGGCAUUGCAAGCGGAACAGGGCCAGGCCAUUCGUGGCAGGAAGAUGCAUCUCGAAAUUUCGAAACCUCAACGCAAUACCAAGAAGGCCGAUGCUCAAAACAGCGAUAGGAAUCAGGGUGCUCGCCGACGGUCUCGAUCGCCUGAUUACUCCAGGGGAGGAGGCAACAACGGUCAACCCCGAAACGUAGAUCGAUACAGCAGCGGUCAGAACCCUUUAUCGCCGCGCGAUCGCGACAACAGGCGAUUUCGCGACGAUUACCGUCACGGAAGAUCACCUUCACCGGCGCGUGGUCGAGGCAUGAGAAGUCGUGACAGGAGCCGGGAACGAUACGAUGGUCGGAGGAGAAGCCGAUCGAGGUCGGCACGACGAUACAGGAGUCCGUCUCCUCGACGUAACUACGACGAUGAUCUUCCCCUCCCCCAUCGAGACCCUCAGCAAGUCCCAGAUGUUCAGGUCCUGGUCGUCAACGAAGGACUGCAUCGCGACUUCAUUCGCUGGGUUGAAGAUGCUUUUAGGAAACAGAAUCUCCGUAUCGACGUUCUCAUUUUGAGCCCUCGCUUGUCUGAAGCAGCUGUAGUACGAAGACAAAUCAUAGAAGGUGUCCUAGCGAUUGUCAAACUCGAUACAUCCGCCAUGACCAAAGGCAAGAUUAACAUUCAAAUCUUUGAUCGGAGGGGCGGCUCUGGCAGUGUUCAAUUCCUUGAAUAUGCCGAUCUCGAUCCUGACACGGCCAGUGCCCUUGUUGCAAAUUCAAAAAGAACUGCCGCUCAGGCUGUUCAGGCGCCGCCACCAGCGCCCUAUGGGCAGAAUUAUGGACAACCGCCCCCGGCCCUUCCAAACUAUUUGAAUAACCCCCCUGCUCCACACUUUCCUGGAGGUCAAAACGUCAAUGCUGCUCUUUCGAGUCUCUCGCAAUUACUUGGAGCGGUCUCCAACAAUGCCGCUGGACAAGGGCAAGUAGCCCAGUCGCCAGUCGCUGGCAUUACUCCAGAACUCGCACGCCUGCUCGGAUCCAUCACCACGCCCGUGCAGGGGCAGUCGUACACACCAAGUGCGCAACCGACUCCAACAUCUUUUGCACAAGCGUUCUCCAAUGCUGCAUUUGCACAACCGGGUGCACCUCGUCCGCAGGAUGCUCAACCAGGUCCCAAUGCACAGGGACAGCCCGAUAUGAACGAGCUGAUGGCGCAAUUAGCAAAGUACCAGCGAUGAGCUGUCUAGGGCUCUGGCAGUGAUCUCUUUUUUUCCUUUUAUGGCUUCUAUCUCACCCGUAGGAGUUUGGUAGAUGGAUG